UUUUGAUUAAAAAUUGCUUUAGAUUAGACUUUAAAAUUCAAUUCCUCGCACAAACUUUUCAUUUAAAAAAAUAAUAAUUAUGUUCAAGAGACCAGUCAAUCUUGAAUUUCCUCACGUUUACUGCAUAUUUACUGCAAAAGAUAGAGGCAGUAAUGUGAUGACAGAAUAUCGCAUUCAAGACAUUCCAGAAGACAGAUACGAAGAGGCUGUGGACAUGAUGGCAAAUGUUUUUCUGCCGGAUGAGCCUCUGAGUGACAAAAUCUUAAGCAAUCCGGAAAGUGUCAAGACAUUGCGUGUCACUUGGAUGAGAGCACUUCAACAACGAGUGUCACUUGGAUGUUAUAGGAAUGAUGGAAGUGAUGAACUUGUUGGAAUGAAUGUCCUUGAAGUUCAUACUAUGGAUGAUCCAGAGGAUGACACGAUUGAAGACGAAAAUGUUUUACAAAUUUGUGCAUUAAUUGAAUACACAACAAAGCUAGCUGAUAUUUACAACAAAUACAAUGUCGAUCGUUAUCUAUCAGCUUUUGGACUUGUUGUUGACAGAUCGUACAGGGGUUGUGGAUUAGCAAAGCACCUUCUACACGCAAAAGUCCCAUUAAUGCAAUAUAUUGGACUUUCUGUGACUGUCACUUCGUUUACUGGAAUUGGAUCACAAACGGCUGCUAAAAAUGCUGGAUAUGAGGAGUUGUAUGUGAAAAGCUAUGAUGAACUUGCAGAAAUUUCACCGCAGUUUUAUUUUACAAAUAAUCGAUCAAAAAUGUACAAAGUAAUGGGAUUAAAAGUUUCAACCAACAAAGAUACUCAAAAAUAAAAUUAUGAACAGCCAA